GAACUAAGCACUCGACUCGAAAUAAGAAAAUUAAAAGAAUAUCGCCAAAUGGGAAUAAUGACACUAAACGAAGCAAAUAAAUAUGAAAAAGCAAAGGCGCAAAAGGAGGCAAAUCGAGAAUUAGCUGCUCGACCAUAUAAUGGUCAUACGAUUCCGAUAUCGUAUAGCGAUCGUCUGCAAGUAAAAUAUUUUUCUUCCAAGAUGAAUGAGCAGCAUUCGCCAUCAUCAUCUCCUUAUGGUAAUAAAACACUUCCAGCGGCAGCAUCGCCAGUUAUCAGACUAAAUGUACGAAAACAACCACAAGCGUUAGAUCUUAACGACGAAGAAGGAGUACAUUUACUAUCGGAAGCUGAACGAAGAUUAUGUGAGACUUUACGGAUAUUACCAAAAUCCUAUUUGGUGAUCAAAGAAACAAUUCUUAAAGAAUGGGCGAGAUCGGGUGGAACCCUACGAAGAAGACAAGCUAGAGGUCUUAUAAGAAUUGAUGUUAAUAAGACAGCAAGAAUAUACGACUUUUUUAUAGAGAUGGGUUGGAUACGACAGUUAUCUGAUAAUACUUCUAAUAAUUAG